AUGGCCUACCGAGCCCUGGGGUUGGGGUGGGGUCGGGCGCUCGCAGCCAGGGUCGCGUUCGACUCGCUCGAGUCCUCGGUGGCAUCCCACCGUCGGUUCACCUCCCCGCUGCUCGGCGCGCCGCUCGUCAGGAGGUUCGGAGGAUUCUACCCGAACGAUCCGUGGCACCAGACCCCGGGGACGAGUGGCGAGCCGCGCGGUGAGUCCGCGCGACGGUCCGAGCCAGCCCCCGACCGAACCGAACGCGAACUCAGGGGACUACUCGAGGACCUCAUGGGCGCGCGGCAGAGUCGCCCGGCGUCCCUGGGCAUGGACGAAGCGGCGGAGGCGCUGACGCGAUGGUGGGCUCGGGAGACGCGGAACGGCGGAGGCGAUCCGGCGCCGCUCUCGUCGCGUCGCGCGUCCGUGCUCGUCCCGCUCUCCCGCGGACCAGACGGCGGCGUGCAGGUGCUGCUCUGCACGCGCGCGUCCGGGCUGAGCACCCACGCCGGGGAGGUCUGCCUGCCCGGCGGCAAGAACGACGACGGCGAGGGCGACGUCGACGCGGCGCUGAGGGAGGCGUCGGAGGAGGUCGGUUUGAGCCCGGGGGACGCGAACGUCCUCGCGUCGCUCCCGCCGUUCCUGUCGAAGGGCCACGUCAGCGUCCGGCCGGUCGUCGCGGCGAUCCCGGACGAUUUCGAACCCGUCCCGAACCCCGAAGAGGUGGACCGGUGCUUCCGGGUGCCGCUGGAGUCCUUCCUGACCAAAGAGGGGUACUCGUUUCGCGACUGGGAGUUCACGCGGGGGAAGCGCAUACGCGUGCACAGGUUCGAACGCGGCGGGCACGACGUGUGGGGGCUGACCGCGGUGAUGCUGGUGCGGGUGGCGGAGAUCGUGUACGGGAGGCAAGCGGAGUUUGCGAUGUCGCCGCCGGGGCCGGGAGGGACGGACAUUCAGAGCAUCGUGUCCGAGGAGCACCCGAGUGCAAACAUGGAACCCCCGCGGAGCAUGAUGUGA